GUGAGCAGUAAUGAGGUGCUGGUCCCAGAGAGGGUGAGUGCUGUGCUGGGGAAGAACAUUACACUGGGCUGCAGGGUGGAGGUCGGCACCAGGCACCAUCACCCUGGCCGUCUUCAACCCCCAGUUUGGCAUCUCCAUCUCCCCAGACUAUGCCAGGCGCCUGUCCUUCCUGAACCCCUCCGUGCACGAUGCCACCGUCGUCCUAGAAGGCGUGGGUUUUCAGGACAUCGGGUCUUACACAUGUAAAGUGGCGACUUUCCCGCUGGGCAACACGCAGGCAUCCACCACUGUCAAUAUACUAGGUACAUGGAACUCUUAGACUGCGUCGGCCUUGGUCAAGUUACCUAAUUCCCUCUAUAGUGCACUACUUUUGACCAGGGCCCGCAUAGGGCUCUGGUCAAAAGUAGUGCACUAUAGAGGAAAUAGGGUGCCAUUUGGGACACAGUCACUCUGCGUCCAGCAUGAGGAAACCGUUACUUUUUGUACUGUAGAAGCGUACAGCACCAGCUCCAUUUUACCUGAAUGUCCUUUCUCAGAAAGUGUUCUCACUGUCCCCAUGAAUAAAGGAGGGCAAUUCAGACUUGUCCUUGAUAAAUAUUCAUACAGCUAGCCUUAUUGCUGUAGGAGCCAAAUGCCACAUAGAUUUACUAACUUAAUAUAAACAAAUCCACACGUAAAGGUUCCAACUCGUAUGGACACAUUAUAAAGUAGCACCUUACUGAGAGUGGAAAGUAAAGUUUAAGGAUUGUUGUGCGGUCAGCAUGUGUUUCCACCCCUAUAAUGGUUGAUUGGAUUGUGGACGGUGAUGAAAGCUGCAGCCAGCCAGGCUUCAUGUGUUUCUCUCCUGAGGCUUAGUCCCAAAUAGCACCCUAUGCCCUAUGUAGUGCACUACUUUUGACUGGUGAAAGUAGUGUACAAUAUAGGGAAUAGGUUGCCAUUUGAGACUCAGCCUCAGGCUGGCUCUGAUGACUAAUGAGGGCUACAUUAAGUGCUGCUGUGACAGGAGGCUGCCUGCCUCGACUCAGUGUCUGGGCCUCCACAGCCUUCCAUUAGCCUGCAUCUCCUUUUGACCAGGGACCAUGGGGAAUAGUGUCAUUUGGGAUGCAGCCUGGGCUUCCACCCGCCUUCCUUUACUCUGUGUUGUUGUUUAUUAGGGAUGUUUUAUUUCUUAACACUGUGAGUGGGUACACUCCGCUUCUGAGAAUAAUCACUGAUAUAAAAACCAAAAGCUCAUAGCAGAAAAAAAAAGUGCUUCCCUUUCAACAACUGUUGUAAGAAUGUAAUAGUCUGGGACAGAUAUGAAUGUUAUAAGAAGAGUACAGUGUACAUUCAGGUAAUGAAAUCCCCCCCCUCUCUCUCUCUCUCUCUCUCUCUCUCUCUCUCUCUCUCUCUCUCUCUCUCUCUCUCUCUCUCUCUCUCUCUCUCUCUCUCUCUCUCUCUGUCUCUGUCUCUGUCUCUGUCUCUCUCUCUGUCUCUCUCUCUGUCUCUCUCUCUGUCUCUCUCUGUCUCUGUCUCUCUCUCUCUCUCUCUCUCACCCCCACCCCCUUCCUCCUAACCUUACAAAAGGCACAGGGUUACAUUUUAAUGGUAAGAGGAUCUUUGCUACGUGAGCCCCCACCUGUAAACAAUAGCAAAGGAAUAAUACACCACCACCAAAACUCUGAGAAUUAGAAUGACCUUUUGUUUGGUAUUGUUAUUGCUGACAAGGAAGUGAGAAACCUUCUGCAGUUUUCUAAGAAACAGAGUUUCUGCUAAGACUUCUAAGAGAAAACAAGACAACACUUAAAAAAGCUGCAUUAAUGAAGAUGUCAACUGAUGCUACUAGGCCUGACAUUGCGGCAAACUCCACAGUCUGGCCCAGUUCCACUUUCACUUUCUGAGUUAUUAUAUCUACUCAGGCCCAGAUCUCUCUGCAUGGCUCACUGAUAGCAUGUUUUACUGUCCAUGACAUGCAUUUGAUGUGGAGCAAUAACAUCUUCUCUUUUCAGCUGAGUCAUAAAAACUAAAGAGAACAUAACAUAACCUCGCAGCAGUGCAGUGCCAUGGCAAGACUUGUUCACUUGUUGUGGGUCUAAUUCAAUUUGAAUGUUUUAUUGUUAGAAGUUGUUUCAUUAGAUAAUCUAAAUAUCCAUUCUCUAGGAUUUACUUGAUCAUCCAAUGAGCCCCAUAAAUGCAGUGAUUGGUGAUAAUUGUAAUUAUUUUAAAGUGUACUGAUUGAUACGUCAAAACUGUGGAGAUACUGCAUGGUUUGACCACUGGCCUUACAGUUCAACUGUAGUCCUGGUUGGCUGGCUUUGUCAGCUGCGCUCAAAGGGCUGGGCGAAAUGGCCAAAAUAUCAUAUCACUGUAUAAAAAAUACAAAAAGUACAGUUUGACGGUAUUUUAUGUUUUUGAAUAAUAAAAGUUCUACAUUUGCUUUGAGUAGUGCGUGACCCUAGGGUGACAGCACAUAUAUUCUAAGUGAUUUCAAUGGGUCUUUCUCCAUUCUGAUUUGUUUUACACUGUUCAAUUCAACCAAAAAUAAUUUUCAGCAUUUUCAUCAAUUUCUGCAUUUCCUGCACUCAUUUGAGAUCAUUUCAACACUUCCAUGUAGUGCUGCACGGUAUGGGCAAACAAUCUAGGCCUUAUUUUUAACCAAAUGUUGCAAUUGUGAUUUGACUUGCGAUUUAGAGCAAAACAAUUCGGUGAACUGUUGGAAUCAUGAAAAUUGAAUGAUUAUUCUAAUUCUAUAGUUAUAAUAUAAUAGUGGGCACUUUGAAUACAGUGUUGUUUGACAUGACACCGAAUGAAAAUGCCAGGGAGGAGUUAUUGUGACAGGGUAGGAACCAAAGUGUUGAUAAGUGUUUCCUAGGGGACCCUAUAAUCUCUGGCUACAUUGAAUGUUUUCUCUUAGCUACUCCAUGCAGCCCAAAGUGGGUGGUAAACACCAUCUAAUGCACACAAAAAAAUUACACUUCCCCCUGAUUUGGUUACAGCUACUUCAUGUAGCUAAGAUAUUCAUGCUUCGCGUAUUCCUCUUUGAUUUAGAAGAUACUGUUGCACAAACAACAUGCUGAUUUAGGUCUACACCAUCACUGGUAUUAUCAGGCUGUAUCACUACUUAUGUUUGCUCUGACUCAUUACAUUUAUUAGCUAGCUAGACCACUAACUAGCUAUUAGCAUUAGUGGCUAACAAGAUUUCGGCCCAACUUGCUAAGAACAGACAAUCUAGCUGUUUGCAGAUGUAAGAAACACAAACUAAUAGUGUAAUUAUAGAUUUUUAUUAAGAAGCAAAGUGAAAACAGCAUAGUUUUCAUGAACUUUGUUGCAUGUGCUGCAUUGACCAUGCAGACUGAACACAAGCGUCUGUCUCGUGUUCGAGGAUCAACAAAUGCGCUCCUUGAGUGACGGGGCGGGGCUAGGUCUGUGUGGAAAGCGGCAUGGAGCGAGAGAGCAGAGAGAGAUGACUCGAGUAGCGAAGUAAACUAUAAAAAUGGAUAUUACACACUGUGUAUCACAUUCAAAUACUGUUAUAGAAGGUAAAAUUAAAACCCAAACUUGUCCAUGCAUUAAUUCCAGUAUAUCGUAAAAUAAGUUAUACAGCCCAGCCCGAGGUGCUCAUCAGAGCCUAGCGGAGCCGGGCAGUGUGUGGGUGGGACGGGGCCAACACAGCUCCCACUGCCUGCUCUCUGCUUGUCUGAUGGGAAAUCAUUACCCUCUGCACUCAACGGGAUAGAUCUGACCCACCUCCUUCCCCGACAGCCUCUUCAAAUUAGCACGUCCCCCUGAUUUGGUUACACUGGAGGGAAGUGGGCUAUGUGGUGCCAGGAUGCCCCCUUAACACAACAGAGCUACUGUGUGCGCUCAGUCAGUGAGGUGGGGAGGGGGGAAGUGUUGAUUAGAUGAGGGUGUGGGGGCACAAUGUGAGCAAGUUGACUGAGACGGCUGCCCGAAGCACGGGCGUAGGAGACACGGGUAUAUUUUUAGAAGAGGGAGUCUCUAGGGUGUCGUUCCACUGUGAGGAGGGAUACGGCAGAUGUCUUGGGGCGAUGGCCUUGUCUGGAGGAUCUGUGUGUGUGCCUCACAUGCCACACUGUCACUGUGAAACGAAGUCCAGCAGCUGUUAGUGCCAUGCCCUCUGCGAGGAGAGGAGGCAGAGAAGGAUACCACGGACGGAGAGAGAGGGGGAAGGAGAAAUGGACAUGGCAAAGAGAGAGAGCAGGGUGGGGGACGUUCAGUAGCCUGACAACUCGCACUAAAUUAUUCUGCUGCUCUGUCAUUCACUACAAACUUUAGUCUGAGACUACCAUCAUUGAAGUUGUUUGUGGUGACAAGGGGCAGGAGGGGCGUUGUACAAAAUAAGUUGUCUCUAACCAAUCGGAGUAUCAAAGCCAAUGGCACAUUUUCUAACCACUGCUUUACCCACGUGUGUUCUGGCUCUGGCCAAACCCAUCGGUUUCUGGACCAAUCAGACUGGCCCAAAUGUGUUCGCAUUCGGUGAAGGGUCGGGGAGGUACUCAGAUCCAGACUCCUUGCGGAUUAGAAACUAACGUCUGCGGGCGUGGCGUAGCGUUUGGCCGGAGCAAGGAGUCUGGGUAGCCAGGCAAGAGAUUCAGAUGAGUAAUGAUGGAAAAGAAAGGCAGCCUGACUGCUCCCUGAAUCAUAGAUUUAACCACUAGAGCCAAUUUGUGAAGUGGAGUAGUGCUUUCCAGCCUCUCUCCCUCUCCCUCGCCUUCCUCUCCUGAACCUGUGGAAUUGCGCUAAUGCAUUUCCACAAAAUACACAACAUGCGCAGCAUCAGUUUAGCAGAAAAUGUAAUAGCACAUUAUCCAAACAGGUUGACGCAUGAAAGCCUUUAGUCUAGCAUAUUUAUUUCACACAAAGUCAACAUACAGUUGAAGUCUGAAGUUUACAUACACUUAGGUUGGAGCCAUUAAAACUCAUUUUUCAACCACUCCACAAAUGUCUUGUUAACAAACUAUAGUUUUGGCAAGUCGGUUAGGUCAUCUACUUUGUGAAUGACACAAGUAAUUUUUCCAACAAUUGUUUACAGACAUAUUAUUUCACUUAUAAUUCACUGUAUCACAAUUCCAGUGGGUCAGAAGUUUACAUACACUAAGUUGACUGUGCCUUUAAACAGCUUGGAAAAUUCCAGAAAAUUAUGUCAUGGGUUAAGAAGCUUCUGAUAGGCUAAUUGACAUCAUUUGAGUCAAUUGGAGGUGUACCUGUGGAUGUAUUUCAAGGCCUACCUUCAAACUCAGUGCCUCUUUGCUUGAGAUAAUGGGAAAAUCAAAUGAAAUCAGCCAAGACCUCAGAAAAUAAAUUGUAGACCUCCACAAGUCUGGUUCAUCCUUGGGAGCAAUUUCCAAAUGCCUGAAGGUACCACAUUCAUCUGUACAAACAAUAGUACGCAAGUAUAAACACCAUGGGACCACGCAGCCGUCAUACCGCUCAGGAAGGAGACGCGUUCUGUCUCCUAGAGAUGAACGUACUUUGUUGCGAAAAGUGCAAAUCAAUCCCAGAACAACAACAAAGGACCUUGUGAAGAUGCUGGAGGAAACGGGUACAAAAGUAUCUAUAUCCACAGUAAAACGAGUCCUAUAUCGACAUAACCUGAAAGGCCGCUCAGCAAGGAAGAAGCCACUGCUCCAAAACCGCCAUAAAAAAGCCAGACUAUGGUUUGCAACUGCACAUGGGGACAAAGAUCUUACUUUUUGGAGAAAUGUCCUCUGGUCUGAUGAAACAAAAAUAGAACUGUUUGGCCAUAAUGACCAUCGUUAUGUUUGGAGGAAAAAGGUGGUGCUUGCAAGCCGAAGAACACCAUCCCAACCGUGAAGCACGGGGGUGGCAGCAUCAUGCUGUGGGGGUGCUUUACUGCAGGAGGGACUGGUGCACUUCACAAAAUAGAUGGCAUCACGAGGAAGGAAAAUUAUGUGGAUAUAUUGAAGCAACAUCUCAAGACAUCAGUCAGGAAGUUAAAGCUUGAUCGCAAAUGGGUCUUCCAAAUGGACAAUGACCCCAAGCAUACUUCCAAAGUUGUGGCAAAAUGGCUUAAGGACAACAAAGUCAAGGUAUUGCACACAAAGCCCUGACCUCAAUCCUAUAGAAAAUUUGUGGGCAGAACUGAAAAAGCGUGUGCGAGCAAGGAGUCCUACAAACCUGACUCCGUUACACCAGCUCUGUCAGGAGGAAUGGGCCAAAAUUCACCCAAUUUAUUGUGGGAAGCUUGUGGAAGACUACCCGAAACGUUUGACCCAAGUUAAACAAUUUAAAGUCAAUGCUACCAAAUACUAAUUGAGUGUAUGUAAACUUCUGACCCACUGGGAAUGUGAUGAAAUAAAUAAAAGCUGAAAUAAAUCAUUCUCUCUACUAUUAUUCUGACAUUUCACAUUCUUAAAAUAAAGUGGUGAUCCUAACUCACCUAAAACAGGGAAUUUUUACUAGGAUUAAAUGUCAGGAAUUGUAAAAAACUGAGUUUAAAUGUAUUUGGCUAAGGUGUAUGUUAACUUCCGACUUCAACUGUAUCUUAAGUAUGAUGUCUAGAACAGUGAAAGUAGUGCUAUGUUACAGCGGUCACUUUCCGUUCACAUGGAUCUGUUUAUGCUGCUCUAUUGAGAGAAAUCUGUGUCACGACUGAUGUCUCAACCCACAGUAACGCCGAGUCCUCACAGGAAGCCAGUGUAACAUAACACUAGCUCUAAAGCACUGAAUAGCAGCACACAUUAACAGCAACCCAACUCCCCAGCUCAGGACAACACACAAUGAAACUCAAAUCAAAUUUAUUUGGGGGGGCAAUGCAAACUUGGCGCUCCAGUACCGCUUGCAAUGCGGUAGCAAAAAUAAAAAAUAAAGCUUAGCAUCUGCUUCAUCUGACCACUUUUUUAUUAACCGAAUCACUGGUUCUUCCUUCUUUAGUUUUAGCUUGUAAGCAGGAAUCAGGAGAAUAUAAUUAUGGUCAGAUUUGCCAAAUGGAGGGCGAGGGAGAGCUUUGUACACGUCUCUGUGUGUGGAGUAAAGGUAGUCUAGAGUUUUUUCCCCUCUGGUUGCACAUUUAACAUGCUGGUAGGAAUUAGGUAAAACUGAUUUAAGUCCCUGGCCACUAGGAGCGCCGCCUCUGGAUGAGCGUUUUCCUGUUUGCUUAUGGCCGUAUACAGUUAAUUGAGUGCGGUCUUAGUGCCAGCAUCUGCUAUCUGUAUAAUCAUCAACUAGAUUUUGCCAAAUAUAGGACACACACAACAGCACUGAGUAUUAUGUCUGACAUUGCUCUGUGUUAAACUGUUUUUCUAAGUCAUUAUGAACCAUAUUAGCAGGCCAUGAGUAGUAGGAGCAGUUUGAAAGUACAGCAUUUACAACACAAAAUCCAUUGUUUAGGUUUAGGAGGAAGAUAAUAUAAUUCAAACAGCUUUAUGGAGAUGCUCCAAAAGUCAAUGUUCCUUUCACAAACAUCUCUCACAGACAUCUCCAUCUCCAGCACAAUAACAAUAAAAAGAGUUGAGUUCCCUUCAAAGUGCUCAUAUAGUAUCAGAUUGCUUGGCUCAUCAAUUUUAAAUAGAUAUCUGUGAAAUGCAGGAAAUCAAUAUACUGUGUCUGGCAGCAGAGUGUAUGAAUGUACCGUGGCCACUUCCUCCUGUCUGUCCAUAUCCCCGUCCCUGUUUUAUGAUGCAAAUUAUUUAUUCAUCUUCAUAUACAAAAUAUCAAUACUCAUUUUGUAAUCUAUUCUCCAUUCUGUUUUGUCAUCUCUCUGCCCCUUUUCUCUCUUGCUCGUUUUCCUUCUCUCCUUCUGUCUCUCUGUCUCCCCCUUUUCCUCUCUCUCCCACUCCAUCUCUCUCUCUCCCACUCCAUCUCUCUCUCUCAAUGUUUUUUGUCUGUAUGUACAGUAUAUUUUCUAUGUUGCUAAAUGAAUUGCCUCAUUGGGAACAUUCUAGUUGUAUAAUCUUAUCUCUCUCUCCCCUAGUGGAGCCCAAGGUCUACGUCUCUGCCGGCUCUACGGCCCUGGUGGAUGGUGGUAAUGAAUCGGUGGCGGCCACCUGCAUAGCGGAGCGCGGCCGGCCUGCAGCCGAGGUGUCCUGGGAGACUGAGCUGUUUGGCCGCUCUGAGGUCCAGACGCAGGACGAGCCCAACGGAACCUCCACCACGCAGGUACAAACAGAACAGAGCUACUGCUUUGACAUCACACCACAGUAUCACAGUACUGUGUUUCAAACGGCAACCUAUUCCCUAUAUAGUGCACUACAUUUGACUAAGGCCAGUUAGACUAACACUCUUUAAACAUGCUUAAAUAUUUACACGUCUAACAACAUGUCGCCUCCACCACCCAGGUGCGCUAUGUGUUGGAGCCACGGAGACACUCCCAGGGCCACACCCUCACCUGCGUGGUGCGCCACCCGGCCCUGCAGACUGAGUUCAGGAUACCCUACGUGCUCAAUGUGCAGUGUGAGUGUUGGGGGGGGACCAGGCGGACAAGACAGCAGAGCAGUAGGGUCAUUGAAAUAGAACAACUAGAUCACCUUUUACGUGAUUACUACAGUGCCUUCGUAAAGUAUUUAGACCCCUUGACUUUUUCCACAUUUUGUUAUGUUACAGCCUUAUUCUAAAAUGGAUUAAAUAGAAAUGUUCCCUCAUCAAUCUACACACAAUACCCCAUAAUGACAAAGCGAAAACAGGUUUUUAGAAAUGUUAGCAAAUGUAUUAAAAAUUAAAAACAGAUUAUUUACAUAAGUAUUCUCAGACCCUUUGCUAUGAGACUCGAAAUUGAGCUGUUUCCAUUGAUCAUCCUUGAGAUGUUUCUCCAACCUUUGAUUGGAGUCCACCUGUGGUACAUUCUAUUGAUUGGACAUGAUUUGGAAAGGCAUACACCUGUCUAUAUAAGGUCCCACUGUUGACAGUGCAUGUCAGAGCAAAAACCAAGCCAUGAGGUUGAAGGAAUUGUCCGUAGAGCUCCGAGACAGGAUUGUGUCGAGGCACAGAUCUGGGGAAGGGUACCAAAAAUGUCUGCAGCAUUGAAGGUCCCCAAAAAGACAGUGGCCUCCAUCAUUCUUAAAUGGAAUAAGUUUGGAACCACCAAACUCUUCCUAGAGCUGGCCGCCCGGCCAAACUGAGCAAUCGGGGAAGAAGGGUCUUGGUCAGGGAGGUGACCAAGAGCUCGAUGGUCACUCUGACAGUGCUCCAGAGUUCCUCUGUGGAGAUGGGAGAACCUUCCAGAAGGUCAACCAUCUCUACAGCACUCCACCAAUCAGGCCUUUAUGGUUGAGUGGCCAGACGGAAGCCACUUCUCAGUAAAAGGCACAUGACAGCCCGCUUGGAGUUUGCCAAAAGGCACCUAAAGGACUCUGACCAUGAGAAACAAGAUUAUCUGGUCUGGUAAAACCAGGAUUUAAGUAUUUCUGGAGGAAACUUGGGACCAUCCCUAAUGUGAAGGAUGGUGGUGGCAGCAUCAUGCUGUAGGGAUGUUUUUCAGCGGCAGGGACUGGGAGACUAGUCCGGAUCGAGGGAAAGGUUAACGGAGUAAAGUACAGAGAGAUCCUUGAUGAAAACCUGCUCCAGAGCACUCAGGACCUCAGACUGGGGCGAAGGUUCACCUUCCAACAGGACAACGACCCUAAGCACACAGCCAAGACAACGCAGGAGUGGCUUCGGAACAAGUCUCUGAAUGUCCUUGAGUGGCCCAGCCAGAGCCCAGACUUGAACCCCAUCGAACAUCUCUGGAGAGACCUGAAAAUAGCUGUGCAGCGACACUACCCAUCCAACCUAACAGAGCUUGAGAGGAUCUGCAGAGAAGAAUGGGAGAAACUCCCCAAAUACAGGUGUGCCAAGCUUGUAGCGUCAUACCCAAGAAGACUCGAGGCUGUAAUUGCUGCCAAAGUUGCUUCAGCAAAGUACUGAGUAAAGGGUCAGAAUACUUAUGUAAAUGUCAUAUUUCCAUUUUGUAUUUUUAAUACAUUUGCAAAAAUGUCUAAAAACCUGUUUUUGCUUUGUCAUUAUGGGGUAUUGUGUGUAGAUUGAUGAGGAUUGUUUUUUAAAAUCCAUUUUAGAAUAAGGCUGUAAUGUAACAAAAUGUGGAAAAAGUCAAGGGGUCUAAAUACUUUCCGAAUGCACUGUAUAUAGAGCUGUGGGCCACCAUGACAAGGAGAGAGGUAGCUAGCUAUCUUUAUGUUCUGUUUGUGGGGGGUUGCUGUGCUGAUAGGUGGACUUUAUGGUAGAUUAUUUGUCUUGUCUCAGUUGUCUGUCAGAGACAGCUGCUGCUCAUGUUAUUUCAGCAUGCACUCUCUGACUACAUAAAGAUUUAGACAACUGCCUCAUGUAUCAGUGAAGGGCUGCUGUCUGUAUCUGAUAUAUAACCUAUCAUGUUGAUAGACUGAUUUACAGUGCAGUAUGCUCAGAGACCGGACCGACUCCCCAUCUUCCCUAUUUUGCUCUUAAAAGGGCCAUUAAAGAGUCAUCUUAAUUUUAUAAUCAUUGAUGCAUGCUUCCUUGGCAAGCUGAACUGAUGAAUAGUGGAUAGUAUCUGUUUGGACUAUGUGAGUGCAGGUUAAUGAAGGCGUUUUAUGAAAUAUUGAUCAAGCCUCAGCAGUUGCAGCAGGGGGAAGAGGGGUGGGGCAGAAGGGUGGAGAUGCAGAAAGCCAAGGUUAAUACAGGAAGAGAAAGACUUUGGAACUCAAUAAAUCAUGUCAAAUGCAGAGGCUGGGGAUUUUAAGUGCCAAAGAAGCACAAUUUCCCCACAAACAAAGUGCAAAGGUCAACAUGACGCACUGAUAACAUCUUGUUCCCUGCCCGGCUGUGUACUGUAAUACGUUUUGCCUGCUCACUCUCCAGAGAAAUCAAAAGGGGGAAAUUGGAUACCAGAGUCAUUGUUUACUACAGUUAUUACAGUACAGUCAGUGGUAUCUGUAAUACCUCUGGUAGGCUUCUCUAUGUUCUGUUUGUGUCUGGUGGUGAGCUGCUGGAGAGAGUGGAUUAUUACCCCUACAUCUCCUCGCUAUGACCUGUCUGAUGUAGCCUCUCUCUCUCUCUCUCUCUCUCUCUCUCAUGCUUUGUUUGCUUUCUAGGCUUCACACAGCCAACAAAACCUCUGUGCUGUAGAAUCCUUUGCCACUGCUUUUUCAUUUUGAUUAUCACUUGUUUUGUUCUUCUAUUGCUUGGGGAAAGCUAAUUUGUCAUCACUGUAUUGCUAGGGGUCACAUUGGCCAUUGUGUACAAUGUACAUUGCACUCUAGGGCAUUUUCUUUUUUUUAAAUCAAUCUCUUGUUUUGUAUAGAACGAAUAUUCUUGGCCAGUUGUGUUAUUAAAGGAUCCUGAUCAUAAUGUAUCUUGUACAAUAGGCCUACAUGGUAUGUACCCUAGUCUACUUUAUUACAAAGUAGCUAAGUAACAAAUAAUAAUAAUAAGUAAUUAUAAUAGGAUUGUAGAAUAAAGAAUCAAAGCAUUAUUUUCAUCGAUAUUGUGCUUCUUUUCCAGUUGCUCCUGAGGUGACGGUGGUGGGAUAUGACCAGAACUGGUUUGUUGGUCAGGACAAUGUGAAGCUGGACUGUGGAGCCAAAGCCAACCCACCUGCCCACCAUUUCUCCUGGACCAGGUCAGGGUCCACUAGCUAGCAGCUUUCCAACUCACUACACCCCACAACAUGCUAUACACUGGCCACGUCACAAAUAGCACCCCAUUCCCUAUGUAGUUUGCUACUUUUGACCAGAGCCCAUAGGGCUCUGGACAAAAGUAGUGCACUAUAAUGAGAAUAGGGUGCCAUUUCGGACGUACCACUACUGUGAUUAUUGCUGGCUAGUAAUAUCCAGAUGUUUGUAUCCCUGUGUUUAUAUAUGAUCUCCUUUCUUAACAGGUUGGAUGGGCCGAUGCCUGACGGUGUGGAUAUAGUGAACAACACUUUUAGUUUCACUCGUCCUCUGGAGAGAAAUGACUCUGGACUGUACAGGUGUGAGGUGUCCAAUGACAUCGGUCCACGCAGUCAGGACGUUCACGUCUGGAUACAA